AUGGCUUUUUUGCGUGUUAGUUCACUUUUUUCAUCUUCAACAUCUUCGACACCACCACCAACAGCAAAUGAUGCUACAUUUAAGCAAGAAACUAUCGAACGUCUUUGUGAUCGUCUACAAUCAUCAACACGUAUUGAAGAUCGUCGAGAUGCUGUACGUGGCCUUAAAGGACUUUCAAAAAAAUGUAAACUUGAAGUUGGAACACAAAGUAUGAGUUUAUUAGCAAAUGUUUUACAAGGUGAUCGAAUUGAUUUGGAUCUUAUUCAAUUAGCAUUAGAAACAUUAGCGAAUGUAAUGACAUUUGAAGCAGAUAAUGAUGAAGAACAACGAAAUUUACCACAAGAUAUAACCAUUCAAUUUACAGAAUUAUAUAUUAAAAAUAAAGAACAUGUUCAUGCAGCUCUUGAUCUUAUUGAAGAAACUGAUUUUAAUCUUCGUCGUGCAGCUAUCAAAUUUGUUACUGUACUUCUUACUAAUUGUACAAAAAUAUUACAAGAUAUUAUUCUUGAAAGUGGACCAAUGGGUGUUUCAAAAUUAGUUGAUCUCUUACAAGAUGAACGUGAAGUUAUUCGAAAUGAUGCUCUUCUAUUACUUCAAAUAUUAACACAAUCAAAUGCAAAUAUACAGAAAAUUGUUGCAUUUGAAAAUGGUUUUGAACGUUUAUUUGAAAUUCUUCAUAGUGAAGGUGGCAGUGAAGGAGGUGUAAUUGUCGAAGAUUGUUUAUCUGUUCUAUUGAAUUUAUUAAAAAAUAAUACAUCAAAUCAAAGUUAUUUUCGUGAAAGUUCUUUUAUUCGACGUUUAGUAGAUUGUUUCGAACUAAAUUCUAUUGGUGAUAAACAUUGGUCAACACAAAAAGGAACCAAUGUUCAUCUUUUAUUACAAGUUAUUCGAAUACUUGUAUCACCAACAAAUUCAAAUCAAAAUAUUGUUGCAUGUCAACGUACUGUUAGUCAAUGUGGUCUUCUACAUCGUCUAUGUGUUAUGCUUACAUUAACAUCAAUUCCUGCCGAUGUGUUAGCUGAAACUAUUAAUACAAUUGGUGAUAUUAUUCGUGGUAAUACUGAUAAUCAACAAUUUUUUGGGUCUGUAAUGAAUAGUACUGGUGAUGUUCAACAGCCAAUAUUAUUAAGUCUUCUUUAUACAAUGAUUACUGCAGAGAAACAAUCGUUUCCACUUCGAAUAUCGAUUCUUUAUUGUUUUCAAUGUUAUCUAUAUAAAAAUGAUUAUGGUAAAUCAAUGAUUAUUCAAACACUUUUACCUCAAACAGAGAAUGUUACAAAUCAAUAUACAUUUGGUCAUUUAUUAAUUAUUGGUUUUUUAAGUAAAGAUACUGUUGCUUCGUGGUGUUCUAGUAUUGCACUAGCACAUUUAAUUGCUGAUAAUCAACAAUUUAAAGAAGCUAUUCUUAAAGUUGUACUUGCAGUUGAUCAAUCACAAUCAGGUACAAAAUCAUUAAUGGAAAUAUCUAUUGAUCUGUUAGAAAAUUCUUCAUCUUCUUUUCACACUCGUAUUGCAAUACUCAUUUUUCUCUGCACAUGGUUAGCAAAUUGUCCACUAGCUGUACAAGCAUUUCUUUCCAUUGCAAAUAGUAUUUCUUGCUUAAUUUCACAAAUUUGUGCACAAUCAGUUGCAGAUGAUCGUGAAGUUCUUAUACAAUCCUUAUGUUCAUUUGCAUUUGGAUUAUGUUUAGUUUUUAAUAAUAAUCAAAUGACAACAUAUUCCACUGAAUCACUUGAACGAAUUAUCAAUAAACGUAUUGGUAUUGAUUUCUUUCAAGAAAAACUCGAAUCACUUUCAAAAUCAGAUUAUUAUGCGAAAGCUUUACAAAAACCUCAAUUGAAAUUAUCAAAAGCAAAUGAUAUGAUACUUGAUUAUGAAUUCGCUCGUCUCUAUAAAGUUCUUGAAGGUUCAAUCACGCGUACAUUAACAACACGUACAAAUGAUGGACAAGCACAACCACCUGAUCAAUCAGCAGCAAUACUAGCGCAAUAUACGGAUUUAAUUCAACAGCAAAAUCAACAAAUACAUAGUUAUCAACAACAAGAAAGACAAUUUUUUGAAGAACGUGAUUCUUAUCAAAAGAAAAUUCUUGAAUUAGAACAAUCAUUACAAGAAAUUCGUAAUCAAUAUACAUCAUUGCAAUCUUCUUCUUCUUCUUCUUCUAAACAAAGUCCUGACGAUGGUUUAAAAACAUUAUGUGAACAACAACAAGCCGAAUUAGAAUAUUCAAGAAAUAUGAUAGCUUACCAACAGCAGCAAUAUUAUUAUUUAACCCAAUCAAUUGAAAAUGGUGUUCAGCAACUUAAUUUGAAUAGUACUGAUAAUGAACAUGCUGUAUUAAAUGCUAAAAUUAUUGAAUUGCAAGAAAAACUAAAUGCAUUCGAUGAACGCUGUGUAGCACAAAAUGAUGAAAUCGCUCGUCUUCAAUUAGAAAAUAAUAUUUUACAAGAAAAAAAUACCAAUGAAAAAAGAAAAGUUUCCGUUCUUGAAAGUCUUGAAGGUCAAAUGCAAGAAAUUAUCGAUGAAAAAACUAAUUUAAAUAAUGAUUAUCAAAAAUUAAAUACUGCAUAUCAACAAAAUCUAAAAGAACAAAAUGAUUUACUAGUUCUAUGUUCCACAUAUGAAGAUCAAUUAAAAACAUGUCGUCAUCUAAUUCAAUCAGGCGGACUAACAGUACCAAACUUUUUAAUUGAAAUGGAUAAUACAGAAUAA